AUUUCAAAUUUGUGCUAAAAUAAGCCAGCACAACCAUCUGGGUGUCUCCCAAAUUUUGCCCACUGACAUCAUAAAGUAGUUCCGUUCCAUCCCCAAAUGCAUCCAUCUUCCUAAUUCGAAACCCUUUUCGAUCGAAUUUCAGUAGCAAUGUCAACAGUCACCAGUAGCUGUUCCUUAAUCCCUCAAUUCCGUACUAAUGAUUUACCAUAUUCAAGUGCUUCUAAACCCUAUCGAUUCAGUUCAAAUCCGAAAGUAUGUCGAAUCAGAUGUCAAUCAACAAGUACGGAUGAGAAGAAAAACAGGAGUAGGAAUGUUUUGGAUAAUGCAAGCAAUUUGCUGACUAAUUUAUUGAGUGGUGGAAGUUUAGGAUCCAUGCCUGUAGCUGAAGGUGCUGUGACUGAUUUGUUUGGCAAACCCCUUUUCCUCUCUUUGUAUGAUUGGUUCAUAGAGCACGGCUCGGUUUAUAAACUUGCCUUUGGUCCAAAAGCAUUUGUAGUUGUAUCGGAUCCUAUUGUGGCCAGAUAUAUUCUCCGUGAAAACGCAUUUUCAUAUGAUAAGGGAGUUCUUGCCGAUAUUCUUGAACCAAUUAUGGGGAAAGGACUUAUACCUGCUGACUUAGAAACUUGGAAGCAAAGGAGAAGAGUUAUAGCCCCUGGGUUCCACACCUUAUAUUUGGAAGCCAUGGUGAAAAUGUUUGCCAAGUGUUCUCAAAGAUCAAUAUCGAAACUUGAGAAGCUUCUAGAAACAAAAAUCUUGCAAGGAGGGCAGGAAAUUGAGUUGGAUCUUGAAGCAGAAUUCUCAAAUUUGGCACUUGACAUAAUUGGUCUUGGUGUUUUCAAUUAUGACUUUGGUUCGGUCACAAAAGAAUCGCCUGUCAUUAAGGCAGUAUAUGGUACCCUUUUUGAAGCUGAGCAUCGGUCUACUUUCUACAUUCCUUACUGGAAAUUUCCCCCGGCUAGAUGGCUGGUUCCCAGACAAAGGAAGUUUGCAAGCGACCUCAAGAUUAUCAACGAUUGUCUUGAUGGUCUCAUAAAAAAUGCAAAAGAGACGAGACAGGAAACGGAUGUCGAGAAACUGCAGGAAAGGGACUACUCAAAUCUCAAGGAUGCGAGUCUACUGCGUUUCUUGGUGGACAUGAGGGGAGUUGAUGUUGAUGAUCGGCAACUAAGAGAUGACCUGAUGACGAUGCUUAUUGCUGGCCAUGAAACAACCGCUGCUGUUCUUACUUGGGCUGUCUUCCUUCUGGCUCAACGUCCCGAAAAAAUGAAGAAGGCACAGGUUGAAGUCGAUGCAGUGGUCUCACAGGGUGGUAUAACUUUGGAGUCGCUUAAAAACCUAGAAUACGUUAGACUCAUAAUUUCUGAGAGUCUACGUUUGUAUCCUCAGCCUCCGUUGCUCAUCAGGCGUUCUCUAAAAUCAGAUCGAUUGCCAGGAGGGUAUAAGGGUGAUAAAGAGGGAUAUCAAAUUCCUGUUGGGACGGAUAUCUUUAUUUCGACAUAUAAUCUCCAUAGAUCCCCAUACUACUGGGAGAAACCCAAUGAAUUUGAACCCGAGAGGUUUCUAGUUCAAAAAGAUAACAACGGAAUUGAAGGGUGGGCUGGUUUUGAUCCAUCUCGAAGCCCUGGAGCUCUAUACCCGAAUGAGGGUGUAUCAGACUUUGCAUUCUUGCCAUUUGGUGGAGGACCAAGAAGAUGUGUAGGAGACCAAUUUGCACUAAUGGAAUCAACCAUAGGAUUAGCCAUGUUAUUACACAAGUUUGAUGUGGAGCUGAAAGGAUCUCCAGAAUCUGUGGAACUUGUCACAGGAGCAACCAUUCAUACAAAGAAUGGACUUUUCUGCAAAUUAAAGAAGAGAUCUCACAUUCAUUAACAUACACAUCAAACUAUUUCUCUCUCUCUCUCUCUAUAUAUAUAUAUAUCUUGUAGAAUUGACAUUGUAAAAGAGGACUCAUUAUUCAAAAGUCUAGUCAUCUUCUUCUAGAAGAGUUGAUCUUGGCUUGAUAAUGUUAUUUACCUAACUAUGCAUUUGGUCCAAAAUGGCACCAAUCUUGACACGUGGCAAGAGUUUUAGGGGGUGUUUGGUUGGUUUUUCGUUAAGU